UCAAGUUCAAUAACACGCAUAACAGUACCAGCGGAGAGUGCGCGCGCGCUGCAUUUGUGUCUAUAUUCCUAUAAAAAAUACACCGUUAAAUAUACAGCUUGCACUUGACGAUUCGCGACAUAAGUACCGUGCCGGGAACGUAGAUGGAUUAGUGCUCCAAAAUGAGGAAUAUAAUAAUUUUGUUCGUAAUAUGUUGUGUGGCGCCAGUUGUUUUGCCGGCUAAGUACAUACCCAAGUGGAAGAAACAGAGUGCCCUGCAGGCGUGCGAGCUGCCGGCGGUUCAGAGCGAGCACAGCCACUACGUGUGUGACGACAAGGGCGAGCCCAAGUGUCUGCCUGGCUGGCAGGGAGAUCUCUGCGACGUACCCAUAUGCAAGAAGGGAUGCGACCCUCUGCAAGGUUACUGCAAGCGGCCGGGCGAGUGCCGCUGCAAGCUGGGCUUCUACGGGGAAAAGUGCAACAAGUGCAUCCCGCUGCCGGGCUGCCAGCACGGCUACUGCAACGUCUCCUUCGAGUGCAUAUGUAGGGAGGGGUGGGACGGACUCUUCUGUUCUGAACCAAUCUGCCGUUCCGACUGCCACGCCACCCGCGGUUACUGUGAGACGCCCGGCGAGUGCCGUUGCCGCCUCGGCUGGUCCGGUCCGACGUGUCGUGCCUGUCAGCCCCUACCAGGCUGUCAGCACGGCUACUGCGACAAGCCUCUAGAGUGCAAGUGCUCGCCAGGGUACACUGGACUGCUGUGUCAGACUCCAAUUUGCGCUGCCGGCUGCCACAACGAGCGAGGUUACUGCCGGCGGCCGGGCGAAUGCCGCUGCAAGGUCGGCUGGACCGGCCCGUCGUGCGCCCAGUGCCACCCGUACCCGGGCUGCGUGCAUGGCACGUGUGAGAGGCCUUGGGAGUGCACGUGUGAACCGGGAUGGGGCGGCAUGCUGUGUGAUGAAGAGUUGAACUACUGCGACAAGAACCCGGACACGUGUAAAAACGGCGGCAAGUGUCAGUCACUAGAAGCUGGUGACGGUCACUACCGCUGUCAGUGCCCCGCCGGCAUCAGCGGUCGGAACUGCGAGAAGACGCCGGACGUUCCGACCACACCGGAGAACGUCACCGACGCUACCGAUACCGUUACGGCGAACGUGGAAACCAGCCCCGCUAGCGUCGAAACCGCCACCGAACCUGACAAUGUUGACAAUGAAACUGAGUAAUUUUUAUUGGCUAUUUGGCCUUGACAUCGCAUUUAGUCCUUCGUAUUGGCACACUUUGUAUUUAAGGUCAUGUGCUAUGUGGUUUUAUGACACGUCUAAAACUGUAAAGACUGAAAACUAGUAGUAUGUCAUUACUAUGUGAACGUUCAGUAGAGUCCUAUAUCUCUGCGAACGGUUUUGAUCAGUGUGCUUACCAUGAGUUUACGUUAGGUGUGCUCGCUAGCGACUGCGUAAAAAAAUGUCAUUAAA